AUGUGCCGGGGUGCGCCCACCCUUGGUCCGCUGCGUGGUUCUAGACUGGGGGCGGAGCCGCUGGUCUCUUCGGCCCUGGACGCUUUUGCGCCCCUCCAGCCUAUCCACGCCCACCCGUUCCUCCAGCACCCCUCUGAGGCCUCUGCGAUCGAGGAUGCUCUGGCCAGGGCGCAGGCAGAAGCUGCCAUGUGGCGCGCCAGCUUCGAGAAGGCGCAGAAGGCGGCUCAAGAGACCAAUGAGCGCUACAGCGAGCUUGUCCACGGACAGGAGGUCAGAAGACCCCUGGAUGUCAAUGGGGGAGAUGCGGGACCAGCCUCAGAGCAGCACCAACAAACAGGACCAAGCGGCCCCCCCACCCCCUCCGAGAUGGCCUGGAACCUAUCCAGCGUGUUCGACGACUCCGACCCCGUCUCCUUCAAAGAUAUCGCCGCCGGUCUCGGCGACCUCGUCUUUCCAGCUCCCUCUGUUGCCACAAGCCUGGGCCCUGCCAACUCCGAAGUCACGAGCUCCCCGCUCAUGACCCUCCCCCCCGUCGUAGAUGAGUGCAUGGGGCCUUUUACCAGUGCGUACCCAGCCCCCCUCGCUGCUUCUGGGGGGCUUUCCUACGCCUCAGAGGAUGUCCUGGGCUUCCGGCAAACAGCAAGUUUUGCGAAGGGGCCGAUGGGCUGCACGAGGCAGAUUCUGACGGUGCCCCACACAAGGCCGACGUGGAACUCUAUGACUUCAGUCAACCCCACCCCACCAAUAUACAGCACGGCGGUUUCCGACAUGACCGAGAUGCUGAAACCGCACGCCUGCUUCCGGGGGCUCAACAACCCUUUUGCGAGCCACCAUGACGACGCGAGCGCCUACGGCGAGACGGUGCCUGGGCUGCAGCUGGUGACAGGACAGACCGGCCAAGGUUAUCAGCACCCGGGAGUGACAACGGUGCGCAGGACGCGGCAGCCGUCUGCGAGGUCCCCACGCAACGUGAGCAGCGGGUGCAGCCCCGCAGCAACGGCGGCGCUCGAGGCGGCGGCAGAUGCGCGGGGCAGGGGGGACAAGAGGGUCACGCCCAAGAGAGAGGCCCUCUCCCCGACCCCAUCCGUCGGCGGCGCGACGCGCCGCUGUAUGUCCCCCGGUUGCACCCGGCGGCCAUCUUACGGCUUCAUCCCCGGGGCCAAGGACGGCGACAAGGGCGGCGCGCGCUGGUGCCGCGCUCAUGCUGCAGACGGCAUGGAAGACCUGCGCAACCUGAAGUGCUCCCACGUCGGCCGAGGGGGAGUGCCUUGCCGCGCCCAGCCGUCAUACGGCUAUGAGGGCGACAAGCGCCCGACGCGGUGCCGGGCGCACGCAGAGGACGGCAUGGAGAACGUCAGGAUGCCAAGGUGUCGUCAUCCGGGCUGCAAGCGGCAGCCGUUGUAUGGGGAGCCGGGCCUGGACAAGAAGCCGACCCGCUGCCGCAACCACGCCCUCUCCGGGAUGAAGGACCUCCGGGGGGCCAUGUGCCGGGGCGACGACGGCUCCUGCACCAAGCGCCCCUCGUGUGGUUUCCGGGGGGAUCCCCGGCCGACCCGCUGCGGCUCGCACAAGGAGCCGGGCAUGGAGGACCUCAUCAGCGCGAGGUGCAACUUCGCGGACUGUCGCACGGUCGCGUCGUACGGCGUCCAGGCCCCCGGCAGCCACGUGAUCCGCCGCACGCGCUGCAAGGCGCACCGCACCCCCGAGAUGACGUGCGGCACCAAAGGCCCCGCGUGCAUGGCCCCGGGGGGUUGCGAGACGCGCCCCUCCUACGGCUGGCCCGAUAAGUUUGACGGGGAGCACCCCCCCCGCCCCGAGCGCUGCAAGAAGCACUCGCUGCAGGGGAUGGAGUACAUGGGGUCCGCGGCGCGGGCCAAGAAGAAGCGCGCGCUCGAGACGGCGAAGCAGGAGCCUGCUCCGGUUGUUUCUCGCCCGGCUCGCCCCACCAGCGCCCGGACUGCGGCCAAGCCGCUCUCCCUGGCCCCCACGCCGCGGCUCCGCCCCACCCGCAAGUGCGCCGCGGCCGCGGCCCCGAUCAUCGAGCCCGACGAAGACGACGACAUGGACGCCGUAACAGCGCCGCCCGGGGACUUGGCCCGGGCGUGGUCCCCCGAGAGCCGCAUGCAGGGCUCCCCCGAGGCGGAGCGCGGCCGGCUGGCGGAGGAGCGCGCCGCGGCCGCGCGCCGGAGGGAGCGCGAGGAGUUCGAGAACCUGGGCGACCUGGCGUCGCUGCAGGAGCUGAAAGAGAUCGAGGACCAGGCGAACGAUCAGAUGUGGGGCGGCAACGGGCCCAGCUCGCCGGAGCUCGCGGGCAUGUCCGAUUUCGACAAGGACUUUUCGUCCAGCUGGGGGCGGCCCGAGAGCCCGGAGAGCGGGGGCAUCCUGGACAUUGUGGACGACACCCUGGAUACGGCGUGCAGCUUUGGGGGCAAGGGAAGGGCGACGUACUGAGUUUUGGAUCCAGGCGGUGGGAACCGGGGCGGGGUGGUUUGAUGUACAUAUCCGCGUGGGUGACACUUGUGUUUGAGUUUGCAUCGAGUCGGUUCGUGAGUGGAUUGCACCUUGUAAAGUACGAUAAAAUGGACGGGUUGUGAACGGGUUUUGGAAGAAGUUGCUGUUGUAAGCAAGCACGUCAAGGUGAUCCUCUACAAGAGUCAAACGGGUCAAGAUGAUCCUCAAUGACAGGCAAUCAAUAUAUACUACACGCCUAGGGAUCUGCUUCUGAGAAGCUGGCCAAUAUCGAGAUAGAGAGAAUCUUUCUGCAGUUUCCUAGGCGUACUAAAGACUGCCCCCAACUCAAUCGGGCCUGUACAAAAGGCUCGAUACUCGUCGUUUACGUACUUGAAGGGAUAUUUUGCAUGUAGACAGUACUUUCGUGACAUGAUUGGCCCAAGUAGCUCAGAAUAUUCGCGCCGUUUCUUGACGAGACAUCUGGUCGAUACCGUACUACCAGCGUGAUUUACACAUUCAGAUUCAAUGAAAGUUCACUGGAAGUGGCCUAGGUCGAUAUAAGCUAAUCUGGAUUACGGGCCUUAUGAUUGCGUGAAUUGAAGUGCUUAGUCGACAGCUCUAAUUAUUCGCCGUAACAUCUGAUGUGCUCAGCUUUGAGAUCUGAUCAAUCAUCCGGGUAGACGUG